GGUCCUGGGACCCCGACACAGAGCGCGCACCCCGCCCCCAUCAGCGCCCCGGCGCGGUCGCCCCAGUCACCUUCCUGUGCCCUUCUCCUAACAGCACCUCGGACUCGCACCCUGCUGCUCUGGGGAAAACGAAAAACCAAAAGCAACAAACAACAAACUGAUGGAAAAGGUGCUGAUUUCUGAAGCCGGAGGGGACUGCGGAGACGCUCCCAGCAUCCACAGCAUCUUGGAAAUCGCAUCACCUUGAUACCUGGAGGUAUUGAUUUCACACUUGGGAAAAUGGAUGAAGGAGCAGAGAUUUCAAGUGAUGGAAACUCCCUGAUCAAAGCUGUUCACCAGAGCCGGCUGCGUCUCACGAGACUCUUGCUAGAAGGGGGUGCGUACAUCAAUGAGAGCAACGACCGAGGGGAAACCCCUCUGAUGAUCGCUUGUAAGACCAGACACGUCGAUCACCAAAGUGUCAGUAAAGCCAAAAUGGUGAAAUACCUGUUAGAAAACAAUGCUGACCCUAACAUCCAGGACAAAUCUGGGAAGACCGCUUUGAUGCACGCUUGCCUGGAAAAAGCUGGUCCUGAAGUGGCUUCUUUGCUCCUCGAGAGCGGGGCUGACCUCACCUUGCAGGACCACUCGAAUUACUCAGCCCUCGUUUAUGCCAUAAAUUCAGAAGACAGAGAAACCUUGAAGGUUCUGCUCAGCGCCUGCAAGGCGAAGGGGAAAGAGGUCAUCAUCAUAACCACGGCAAAGUCACCGUCCGGCAAGCACACCACCAAACAGUACUUAAAUAUGCCUCCUGUGGGUAGGGAUGGGGGCCAGUCCCCGGCCACCUGUGCCUCUCCCUCGGAAAUAGACGUCAAAAUGGUCUCCUUGCCACUCUCCCAUUCUUCUGAGAUGGAAACCCUGUUUGGCUUGGAAGAUGUGGAGGCGUCAGGAAGCGGCAAAGAUGCAGGGGAUGCAGAUUCCCCAGUGAAGAAACCUGGUCUGAGCUCCACUGGGUCCAAACUACCCUGGGUCAAGAGCACGCCCUUGUUAAUGCACCAGAACAGAGUGGUCUCUUUGCAAGAAGACUUCCGGGAUAUGACCCCCGAGGAGGAAUUAGCCUACAAAACCAGCGCGCUGGCUCUGUCCAAGAGGUUCAUCACUCGGCACCAAAGCAUUGAUGUGAAAGACACUGCACAUCUGCUACGAGCCUUCGAGCUCAACAGCUCAAGGAAGAUGUCCUACGAGGAGAUGAACUAUCAGUCUUUUUUCUCGGAAGGGAACCAGCAGGCCGCUGAGAUCCCAGACCCAGACCCAGACCGAGACCCAGACGUUCACCAGUUAUUCGCUUCUGCCUUAAGAAGUAUAGUGCAGAAACAGAACUGCGGGGCUGACCACUACAGCUCGGACUCCCAGCUUGCUCUCACGCCCACAGUGUUGGCAGAUGGGAAAGCAGUGCUGGGGAAGAAAAAGGUUCUCUCGCCAGCUUCCUCCUUGUUGACAGGGUCCAAAGAGGUGUGGGAGAACCCGGCGGCGGCCCCCCUCGGCAGGAGAAGUCAUGCCAUCUUGGAAAGGCGUGGUUCAGGAGCUUUCUCUUUGGAUCACAGUGUCACACAGACCAGACCGGGCUUUCUGCCACCUUUAAAUGUGAACGCUCACCUUCCUUUCUCAGACCCCACGGUCAACAGUAAGAUUUCGAGCCUUCUUCCUUCUGGUCAGAAAGUGCUUAUGCCAACAGUUCCUAAUUUCCCCAAAGAGUUCAGAAGUAAAAAAAUGCUGUUAAGGAGACAAUCGUUACAGACAGAACAGAUCAAGCAAUUAGUAAAUUUUUAAGGCCUAGCUAAGGAGACACAGUCAGAUUGUAUUUAUCUCACAAAUAACUGCACUAGAGGAGCAAUUUCGCGUCUGUCUUAUUACAUUUGUAAUUUGUAACAUUUAAUUAAAUUUUUUAAAUUAUAUUUAUUGGAUAGAGACAGCCAGAAUUCGAGAGGGUAGGGAGAGAUAGAGAGGGAGAGAGACAGAGAGACACCUGCAGCCCUGCUUCAGCACUCACAAAGCUUUCCCCCUGCAGGUGGGAACCGGGGACUGGAACUCGGGUCCUUGUGGACUGAAACGUGCUUGGUCAGGUGCGCCACCAGCCAGCUCCUAAAUCUCGCAGCUUGUUGGUAUACUUGUUUAGUGAACCACAACAUGUUUACUCCACUAGGCACAAUAGACACAUGCCUAGACUCUAGUCUUUCCUGAGGAAUUCCUCUCUGAAUUAAUGCUGUUUUUCUCCAGGAUUUGACAGUCUCUAUGUGUUUCCAAUUAUUUUCUUUCUUUUCUUUUAAAUCAGGGCCUCAUGCAUAUGCAGCAGUGCCAGAUUUUUUUCAUUCAGAGAAAGACACACCCACAGAGAGAGAGAGAGAGAGAGAGAGAGAGAGAGAGAGAGAGAGAGAGACUGAGACUACAGUGCCAGAGGUUUCCUCUGGCUAUAUGGCAGCACUCUCCUAUGAUGCCAGGGUUCAAACACUGGUAAGGCACAAGCCCUCCCUAAUCCUGAUCUCUCUGGAUUCUCUUUUUCUCUUUUCUUUUCCUUCUUUUUUCUUUUUUUUCUUUUUGCUUCCAGGGUUAUUGCCGGGGCUUGGUGCUUGUGCUACAAAUCCACUGCUCCAGGAGGCUGUUUUUCCCAUUUUGUUGCCCUUGUUGUGGUUGUUAUGUUGUUACAGCUGUUGUUGCUGGACAGGACAGAGAGAAAUCAAGGGAGGAGGGGAAGACAGAGAGGGAGAGAGCCCCCUCUCUGUCUUCCCCUCCUCUCUCCAUUUCUCUCUGUCCUGUCCAACAACGACGACACCACCAACAAUAAUAACUACAACAACAAUAAAAACAAGGGCAACAAAAAGGAAAUAAUUUUUUUUUU